GCUCACCAGAGAUGAACUGCAGCAGAGCUGUGGCAUCUACAUCAUCAUUACUUAGGCUUCUGGAAACAGCUAAUACCCCUGUCUACUGAGAGACAAAGAUGGGAGGAAGACACUCGGAACCAAGUCCACCUCCUCCUGCUCCUGCUCCUUCACUAGAACUAAAUGCUCCCUGGAGGCCAGUAAACUGGAGUGAAAAAGAGGAGAUACUGAAAGAACUGAAAGUUUUACACCCAAAUGUGGAGCCCCUUAGGAUUCUGAUGUUUGGACCAGUUGGGGCAGGGAAGUCGUGCUUCAUAAACUCUGUCCAGAGGGCCCUCUUAGGCCGUAAUGUCAUUUGUGCUCUGGAAAACACAACAGGAACUGGAGAAAGCUUCACUACUUCAAUCAAAACGCACAAGAUGAAGAAGAGUGGAGGUGGACAUUAUCCUUUUGUUUUCAGUGACAUCAUGGGACUUGAAAUAGAUGGAGAAGGGAUACAAACUGAAGACAUCAACAAAGUUUUAGAGGGACGUGUUCUAGAUGGCUACAAAUUUAAUCCUCGGGGACCUAUAAGUGAGAAUGACCCAAAGUACAAUCACUACCCAAAGCCAAGUGAUAAAAUCCACUGUCUUGUGAGCAUUCUUCCUGCUGAUGCCAUCUCAAGAAUGGAUUACAGUGUGAUUGCAAAAAUGAAGGCAGUUCGAAAAAGAGCUUCUGAAUUGAGCAUACCACAAGUCAUUGUGUUGACGAAAGUGGAUAACGCAUGUCAGGUGGUCAACAGAGACUUGAGAAAAGUUUACCACAGCAGAAAAAUCAAAGAGAAGGUGGAGGACAGCAGUCAUAAACUGGGGAUCCCACUGAACAACAUCUACCCUGUGAAGUCCUAUCAUGCAGAGAUCACCAAAGAUACCAAUGUUGAUGUUAUCAUUCUCAUGGCACUGAGGGAUAUUGUCAACUUUGCCAGUGACCAUGCGGAGGAUGUCUAUGAAUCGAAAAAAGAAUAAGACACCUGUAGAUUAAAGGGGAAUUACACAGAUUUUUAAAGAUGUCUACAUUUCUUUACGAUUUAUUGCUUUAUUUUUAUUUUACCAUUAUCAGUACACAUACAAAAUCAGAAAAUGUGUAUGUUCACUGCUCACUUGGAUUGCAAAUAAAUGGCAAUAUUUGCACAACCCCUAGUUCCUAUCAAUACCACUGUGAAGAAAUUAUAGUCUCUAAGUUUCUUCACAAUGCACCUUUGUCAUAAAUAGAGGAACAUAAAUUAAGCAUUUAAAUCAUCAGUAGAAUUCUUAGAGUACUCUAAUACUUGAUAGAAGUAUCUUUUUAGCCUUCUUACUGGGACUCAAACUUCUUAGUUGAGUCAAAAAUUCUCCCAGCUACUGUUUCUAGGUCUGCAUCUCAGUUAUAUGAACAAAACUGAAUUUGCAUUUUUUAAUCAGUUUCCCUACUAGCUGACACUUCUAUCACACAGUCUCAUAUGGCAUAUUUUCCUCUUGGUUUCCGGAUAUGGAGAGCUAUGGUAUUGCUGAGAUUCAAACUCACAAUCUCCUGAUGUUGGGAUGGAUUUUUAAUCAGUUGCAGCACUGUGCUGUACUUUAAAGUUAAAAUAACAUAUUUUAUCCAGUGUAUAAAACAUUUGUAGACACAAAAUUGAAAAGUUGCUUCAUGUGUUCCCGAGUGGAGCAGCGGACUAAGCCAUCGCCCCAACAGGGGGUUGUGAGUUUGAGCCCCAGCGAUGCCAUAGCCAUCCAUAAGUUUGUACCCAAGAGGAAAAAUGUUUAGCAGGAUUGUGUGAUGGAAAAAGUUCUGGCUAAUGGGCAAGGUAGGUUAAAAAGUGUUCAUUUUAUUUACCUAACUGAGACGCAGAGCUAAAAAAAUCAAAAGAGAACUUUCGACUCAACUAAGAAGUUUGAGUUGGGUGAACACUUAUGUCCUUGAGCUGAGUCAACUCAAGAAAAGCCAUGUAAUCAGUUACUACAUCAUUUUGAAUUGAGCUGACCUCUCAUUUUUUUUUACAGUGUAGUGGUUGUUUUUGGAAAGUCUGUGGAAAGUAAGAAGAUUCAUUCAAUGGAUAUUGCUUCAAGAUCAGCAAAUCUUUGCAAUGCCUUAAGGGUAGAGAAGCUUCUUUAACAAGCAUGACUUGUCUGCAUGCUAAACUUCAUAUGCUUGAUUUGUUUUGUCCUUUUUUGUAAAUGUAUUCUAGCUCAUUGGUGCAUUCUAAACGAAACAAAAUAAAGCUCACUGAUACAAAAUAUUGAACUGAA